AACCUAGGUACUGUGUUUCUGUGGCUUGGCCAAUACGACAAGGCUAAAGAGUAUCUCCAAAAAGCGCUUGUCAUAAGAACUGAAAUCGGCGACAGAGAAGGAGAAGCAACUGACUACAGAAACCUAGGUACUGUGUUUCUGUUCAUUGGCAAAUACGACAAGGCUAAAGAGUAUCUCAAAAAAGCGCUUGUCAUCAUAACUGAGAUUGGCGACAGAAAAGGGGAAGCAUUAUGUUAUGGAAACCUAGGUACUGUCUUUGAGUCGCUUGGCCAAUACAACAAGGCUAAAGAGUAUCUCCAAAAAGCGCUUGUCAUCAUUAUUGAAAUUGGCAACAGAGAAGGGGAAGCAUCAUGUUAUGGCAUCCUAGGUACUGUGUUUGAAUCGCUCGGCCAAUACGACAAGGCUAAAGAGUAUCUCCAAAAAGCGCUUGUUAUCAUAACUGAAAUUGGCGACAGAAAAGGGGAAGCAUUAUGCUGUGAAAACCUAGGUACUGUGUUUGAGUCGCUUGGCCAAUACAACAAGGCUAAAGAGUAUCUUCAAAAAGCGCUUGUCGUCAUAAUUGAAAUUGGCGACAGAAGAGGGGAAGCAUCAUGUUAUGGAAACCUAAGUAAUAUGUUUAAGUUGCUUGGCCAAUACGACAAGGCUAAAGAGUACCUCCAAAGGGUGCUUGUCAUCAGAACUGAAAUUGGCGACCGACAAGGGGAAGCAUCAUGUUAUGGAAAUCUAGGUACUGUGUUUGAGUCGCUUGGCCAAUACCACAAGGCUAAAGAGUUUCUCCAAAAAGCGCUUGUCAUCAGAACUGAAAUUGACGACAAGGAAGGGGAGGCAACUGACUACGGAAACCUAGGUACUGUGUUUUAUUCGCUUGGCCAAUACGGCAAGGCUAAAGAGUAUCUCCAAAAAGCGCUGGUCAUCAUAGCUGAAAUUGGCGACAGAAAAGGGGAAGCAUCAUGUUAUGGAAACCUAGGUGCUGUGUUUGAGUCACUUGGCCAAUACGGCAAGGCUAAAGAGUAUCUCAAAAAAGCGCUUGUCAUCAUAGCUGAAAUUGGCGACAGAAAAGGGGAAGCAUCAUGUUAUGGAAACCUAGGUACUGUGUUUAAGUCGCUUGGCCAAUACGACAAAGCUAAAGAGUAUCUCCAAAAAGCGCUUGUUAUCAGAACUGAAAUUGGCGACAGAAAAGGGGAAGCAUCAUGCUAUGGAAACCUAGGCACUGUUUUUCUGUCGCUUGGCCAAUACGACAAGGCUAAAGACUAUCUCCAAAAAGCGCUUGUCACAACAACUGACAUUGGCGACAGAAACGGGGAGGCAACUAACUACGGAAACCUAGGUACUAUGUAUGAGUUGCUUGGCCAAUACGAAAAGGCUAAAGAGUAUCUCCAAACAGCGCUUGUCAUCAGAACUGAAAUUGGCGACAAGAAAGGGGAGGCAACCGACUACAGAAACCUAAGUACUGUGUUUCAGUCGAUUGGCCAAUACGACAAGGCUCUAGAGUAUCUCCAAAAAGCGCUUGUCGUCACAACUGAAAUUGGCCACAGACAAGGGGAAGCAUCAUGUUAUGGAAUCCUAGGUACUGUAUUUCAGUCGAUUGGCCAAUACAACAAGGCUAAAGAGUAUCUCCAAAAAGCGCUUGUCAUCAGAACUGAAAUUGGCGACAGACAUGGGGAAGGAACUGACUACGGAAACCUAAGUACUGUGUUUCAGUCGAUUGGCCAAUACGACAAGGCUCUAGAGUAUCUCCAAAAAGCGCUUGUCAUCGCAACUGAAAUUGGCCACAGACAAGGGGAAGCAUCAUGUUAUGGAAUCCUAGGUACUGUAUUUCUGUCGCUCGGCCAAUACGACAAGGCUAAAGAGUAUUUCCAAAAAGCGCUUGUCAUUAUGACUGAAAUUGGCGACAGAAAAGGGGAAGCAACAUGUUUUGGAAACCUGAGCAAUGUGUGUAAGUUGAUUGGCCAAUAUGACAAGGCUAAAGAGUAUCUCAAAAAAGCGCUUGUCAUCAUAGCUGAAAUUGGCGACAAAAAAGGGGAAGCAUCAUGUUAUGGAAACCUAGCUACUAUGUUUAAGUCGCUAGGCCAGUACGACGAGGCUAUAGAGUAUCUCCAAAAAGCGCUUGUUAUCCGAACUGAAAUUGGCGACAGAAAAGGGGAAGCAUCAUGUUAUGGAAACCUAGGCACUGUGUUUCUGUCGCUUGGCCAAUAUAUCAAGGCUAAUGACUAUCUCCAAAAAGGGCUUGUGAUCACAACUGACAUUGGUGACAGAAACGGGGAGGCAACUAACUGCGGAAACCUAGGUACUGUGUAUGAGUUGCUUGGCCAAUACGAAAAGGCUAAAGAGUAUCUCCAAAAAGCGCUUGUCAUCAGAACUGAAAUUGGCGACAAGAAAGGGGAGGCAACUGACUGCGGAAACCUAGGUAAUGUGUUUCAGUCGAUUGGCCAAUACGACAAGGCUCUAGAGUAUCUCCAAAAAGCGCUUGUCAUCACAACUGAAAUUGGCCACAGACAAGGGGAAGCAUCAUGUUAUGGAAUCCUAGGUACUGUGUUUAUGUCGCUUGGCCAAUACGGCAAGGCUAAAGAGUAUCUCCAAAAAGCGUUUGUCAUCAUAGCUGAAAUUGGCGACAGAAAAGGGGAAGCAUCAUGUUAUGGAAACCUAAGUACUGUGUUUCUGUGGCUUGGCCAAUACGACAAGGCUAAAGUGUAUCUCCAAAAAGCGCUUGUCAUCAGAACUGAUAUUGGCGACAGAGAAGGGGAGGCAACUGACUACGGAAACUUAGGUGCUGUGUUUAAGUCGCUUGGCCAAUACAGCAAGGCUAAAGAGUAUCUCCAAAAAGCGCUUGUCAUCAGAACUGACAUUGGCGACAGAAAAGGGGAAGCAUCAUCUUAUGGAAACCUUGGUACCGUGUUGCUGUCGCUUGGCCAAUACGACAAGGCUAAAGAGUAUAUCCAAAAAGCGCUUGUGAUCAGAGUUGAAAUUGGCGACAAGGAAGGGGAGGCAACUGACUACGGAAACCUAAGUACUCUGUUUCUGUCGCUCGGCCAAUACGAGAAGGCUAAAGAGUAUCUCGAAAAAGUGCUUGUCAUCAGAACUGAAAUUGGCAACAGAAAAGGGGAAGCCUUAUGUUAUGGAAACCUAGGUGCUGUGUUUCUGUCGCUUGGCGAAUACGACAAGGCUAAAGAGUAUCUUCAAAAAGCGCUUGUCAUCAGAACUGAAAUUGGCGACAGAAAUGGGGAGGCAACUGUCUACGGAAACCUAAGUACAGUGUUUCUAUCGCUCGGGCAAUAUGACAAUGCUAAACAGUAUCUUCAAAAAGCAGUUGUCAUUACAACUGAAAUUGGUAAUAAGGAAGGGGAAGCAGUACAUCUUACAAACCUUGGAGGAGUGUUUAGAACUGUUGGUGAUUAUGAAGCUUCGGAAGUAUGUUUGGAGAAAGCUUUAUUCGUAUCCAGAGAUAUUGGAGCUGGAAGAACAGAGUUCGAAAUCCUUAGAGGUUACGCCAUUUUGUAUUUAUUUCAAAAUAAAAUCAAAGAUUCUCUGUCGUGUCUUCGUCUGUGCAUUGAAAAGUAUGAGGAGCUGAGAUAUUUUUUGGGCGCCAAUGAUCAGUUCAAAACAUCAUUUCUGGAGCACUCAGGAAUAUUUCCCUACAAGCUGCUUUGUACUUUGCUCUGUUACACCGGAAAUGCUUGGGAUGCUCUUUAUGUUGAAGAGUUGAGUCGAGCUAGAGGCCUAUCAGACUUAAUGGCAGAGAAGUACUCGGUUGAAACGCACAUCUUUGCCAAUUCACAAUCUUGGUUUGGCAUUGAGAACAUUUUAAGAAAGAAAAAUAACUGUACUUGUCUGUACAUUUCUUAUUUUCAGAAUCGUCUGCAUUUGUGGAUCUUGAAAACAAGUGGAGUCCUUCACUAUAAAAGAAUGUCACUAGAAGAGAAUCUAGUUCAGGCUGGGUUGCCCAAAGAUUUGUCUUUGAGUCAAUUUUUGGAUGAUAAUUUCCGGAGUCUUGGUAUUUUGCCCCCUAAAGAUUGUGAAGAUCGGUCUUUAAAUACGAUUAAAGUGCAACCUCUCUCCCCCGCACAAAAGAGCUCAGCAACAUUGCGACUCGUGGAGGAGGAUGAGGACAAGGAGGUCAUUUCAAGUCUAUCUUUGUGUUACAAAAUUUUUAUUGCUCCCGUUUAUGAUUUGCUUGAGGGGCCUGAAGUCAUCAUCGUUCCUGACCGCAGUUUGUACAAAGUUCCCUUUGCUGCACUGAGUGAAAAGGAGGGAGCCGGAUACCUCUCGGAGACUCAUAGGAUCCGUGUCAUUCCUUCUUUGACAACACUCAAGAUUAUUGAAGAUAGUCCGGAGGGCUAUCACAGCAACACUGGUGCCUUGAUAAUAGGCAAUCCCAAGGUUAAUUGGCUACCGCAAUUGCCAUUUGCAAGAAAGGAAGCGGAGAUGGUUGGACGACUGAUGCGUGUUCCGCCUCUGCUAGAAGAGAAAGCAACCAAGCAGGCGGUGCUUGAGCGGAUAGGUUCAGUGAGCCUGAUACAUUUUGCUGCCCAUGGCAACGCCCAAAGAGGAGAAAUUGCCCUCUCCCCCAUUCCUAUUCUCAACAGUCAAAAUGCUAUCCCACCACAGGAAGCUUACAUGUUGACGAUGGCUGAUGUCUCACGAGUGAAAGUUAGAGCUAAACUGGUGGUACUUAGCUGCUGUCACAGUGGAAGAGGUGAGAUAACAGCCGAGGGAGUGAUAGGAAUUGCCCGUGCGUUCUUAGGAUCUGGUGCUCGCUCGGUGUUAGCUGCGCUGUGGGCCAUUCCAGACUUAGCAACGGAGCAGCUGAUGAAUCGGUUCUACAAACACCUUGUUGAAGGAGAAAGUGCCAGUGAAUCCCUUCAUCAAGCCAUGAAGUGGAUGAGAAAAAACGGCUCGAGAAAAAUGUCUGAUUGGGCUUCGUUUACGCUGAUUGGAGAUGAUGUGAGGCUCGAGUUUGACCCUGAA